UACUGCAGCCUCAACCUUCUGGGCUCAAGUGAUCCGCCCCCCUCAACCUCCCUCGUAGCUGAGACUAUAGAAGGGCACCCUACACUUGGCUGAUUUGUUUAACUUUGUUUAUUUUGUAGAGAUGAGGUGUCACUAUGUUGUCCAGCCUACCCUCAAACUUCUGGCCUCAAGUGAUCCUCCUACCUUGGCCUCCCAAAGUGCUGGGAUUACAGGCGUGAGCCACCAUGCCCAGCUCUAAAGAUUGUUACAGGCUUGAUGGAGGUAGUGCCUGCUUAGAAUAGCACCAAGGCUAAAACUUAUAAACUGAAAGAGACAAAUUUGACUACCUAAAACACUCUAAAUGUCAAAAACAUGAAGUUAAAACACAAACAUCAAGUUAGAGAAAAUAAUUUCUGCAAUGUGUAUGAGGGACAAAUGCUUAGAAUUUAUUUUACUCAGAUAUAUGUACAGAAGUAGGUAACUAGGUUCUUAACAUAGGAACUAGGUUCUUAAGAUAUAUUACGAACUUAAGAUAACUAGGUUCAAGGAUAUUCUUCGUAGGAUGUGCAUAAUAGCAAAAUACUGAACCUAAAAUGUUCAUAACUAGUUGGUUAUUAAUUGCAUGUUCUGUUAUGCCACUUAAUGAAAUAGACAUAUGGAAAAGAUGUUAACAUACAUCUCUAAGUGUAAAAAAAGUCUACUAGAUUCUGGAAGUUGCUUUCAGAUGCAGCGUCUGGGUGUGCUUUGUGAAAUUCCACCAUGGCUUACCCUGGCCAGGGCCAGAAAGUACAGAAGGUUAUGGUGCAGCCCAUCAACCUCAUCUUCAGAUACUUACAAAAUAGAUUGUGGAUUCAGGUGUGGCCCUAUGAGCAAGUGAAUAUGCGGAUAGAAGGCUGUGUCAUUGGUAUUGACAAAUAUAUGAACCUUGUAUUAGGUGAUGCAGAAGAGAUUCAUUCUAAAACAAAGUCACGAAAACGACUGGGUCAGAUGAUGCUAAAAGGAGAUAAUGUUACUCUGCUACAACCUGUCUCUCCAACUAGAAAUGAUCAACGAAGUGAGAAAUUGUUGAGAAGGAUACAGUUUGUUUUUAGAUGUCCUUUGCCAAUAUGAACAUUUAUUCAUAUUGUUCUGAUUACCCUUAUGUUAUUACAAGAUGACAAUA